CGGAGCCGGGGCCCGGGCCGCAGCCGGACUCGCAGCCCGAGGGAGCGAUCGGCGUGCUGGCGGCGGGGUCCCGGGCGCGCUCCGGGGGCGCGGCGAGGCCGAGGGGGCGGGCGCCGGGCGGAGUCGCAGCCGGAGCCGGGGCGCCUGGAGGCGGUCGGGCCGCACUCUCCGAGCCCAGAGCUGCGGAGAGACCGCGCGGCGGGCCGUGGGGCGGGGACGCAGUGUCGAGGCCGAGGUGGGCCGAGAGCAGCCGCUGCCCGAGCGGCCAGAGCCGCAGCCGCGCCGGCUCCCUCCCCAGGGACGUCGAGGCCGGGCCGGCCUGGGCCAUGCGCGCGGCUCUCUGAGGCCGACAGAGGCCGCGAUGGAGGCGCCGGCGGCCGAGCCCCAGGUCCGGGGCUGUGGCCCCCAGCCCGCGUCCGCGCCCGCCCCGGAGAGGAGAAAGAGCCACCGCGCGCCGUCGCCGGCUCGGCCCAAAGACGUGGCCGGCUGGUCGCUGGCUAAGGGCCGCCGCGGCCCAGGCCCCGGCGCAGCCGUAGCCUGCAGCGCCGCGUCCUCCACACGGCCCGACAAGAAGGGGCGCGCGGUGGCGCCCGGGGCUCGGGGCGCAGGGGCGCGGGUGGCCGGGGUCCGCACCGGGGUCCGUGCCAAGGGUCGCCCGCGCCCGGGUGCGGGGCCGCGGCCGCCGCCGCCGCCCCCUAGCCUCACCGACAGCAGCUCGGAGGUGUCGGACUGCGCGUCGGAAGAGGCGCGCUUGCUGGGCCUGGAGCUGGCGCUGAGCAGCGACGCGGAGUCGGCGGCCGGGGGCUCGGCAGGGGUCCGCACGGGGCAACCGGGCCAGUCCGCGCCGUCCGCGCAGCAGCCCCCGCGCCCGCCCGCCUCCCCGGACGAACCGUCGGUGGCCGCGUCGUCGGUGGGCAGCAGCCGCCUGCCGCUCAGCGCCUCGCUCGCCUUCUCCGACCUCACCGAGGAGAUGCUGGACUGCGGGCCCGGCGGCUUCGUGCGGGAGUUGGAGGAACUGCGCUCAGAGAACGACUAUCUCAAGGACGAGAUUGAGGAGCUGCGGGCUGAGAUGCUGGAGAUGCGGGAUGUCUACAUGGAGGAGGACGUGUAUCAGCUGCAGGAGCUGCGGCAGCAGCUGGACCAGGCCAGCAAGACCUGCCGCAUCCUGCAGUACCGGCUUCGCAAAGCCGAGCGCCGCAGUUUGCGUGCUGCCCAGACUGGCCAGGUGGACGGAGAGCUUAUCCGCGGUCUGGAGCAGGAUGUCAAGGUCUCUAAGGACAUCUCCAUGCGGCUGCAUAAGGAGCUUGAAGUGGUGGAGAAGAAGCGGGCACGGCUGGAGGAGGAGAACGAGGAGCUUCGGCAGCGGCUCAUCGAGACUGAGCUGGCUAAGCAGGUGCUGCAGACGGAGCUGGAGCGGCCAAGAGAGCAUUCUUUGAAGAAAAGAGGAACCCGCUCCCUGGGGAAGGCAGAUAAGAAGCCUUCGGUGCAGGAGGACAGUGCGGACCUGAAGUGCCAGCUGCACUUUGCAAAGGAGGAGUCGGCCCUCAUGUGCAAGAAGCUCACUAAGCUGGCCAAGGAGAAUGAUGGCAUGAAGGAAGAGCUGCUGAAGUACCGCUCGCUCUACGGGGACCUGGACAGUGCGCUGUCAGCUGAGGAGCUGGCCGAUGCCCCCCACUCAAGGGAGACCGAGCUGAAGGUGCACCUGAAGCUGGUGGAGGAGGAGGCCAACCUGCUGAGCCGCCGCAUCGUGGAGCUGGAGGUGGAGAACCGAGGCCUACGGGCUGAGAUGGACGACAUGAAGGACCACGGAGGUGGCUGUGGGGGGCCCGAGGCACGCCUGGCCUUCUCUGCAUUGGGUAGUGGCGAGUGCGGGGAGAGCUUGGCGGAGCUGCGGCGACACCUGCAGUUUGUGGAAGAGGAGGCUGAGCUGCUGCGGCGCUCCUCCGCCGAGCUCGAGGACCAGAACAAGCUGCUGCUGAAUGAGCUGGCCAAGUUCCGCUCGGAGCACGAGCUGGAUGUGGCGCUCUCAGAGGACAGCUGCUCCGUGCUCAGCGAGCCCUCGCAGGAGGAGCUGGCGGCCGCCAAGCUGCAGAUCGGUGAGCUCAGUGGCAAAGUCAAGAAGCUGCAGUACGAGAACCGUGUGCUCCUGUCCAACCUCCAGCGCUGCGACCUCGCCUCCUGCCAGAGUACACGGCCCAUGCUGGAGACGGAUGCCGAGGCCGGAGACUCUGCCCAGUGUGUGCCUGCUCCCCUGGGCGAGACACACGAGUCCCAUGCGGCCCGACUCUGCAGAGCCAGGGAGGCUGAGGCGCUGCCUGGCCUGAGGGAGCAGGCCGCCCUGGUCAGUAAGGCCAUCGAUGUCCUGGUGGCUGAUGCCAACGGCUUCUCAGCUGGCCUCCGGCUGUGUCUGGACAAUGAGUGUGCUGACUUCCGGCUUCAUGAGGCUCCCGACAACAGCGAGGGCCCCAGGGACACCAAGCUCAUCCAUGCCAUCCUGGUGCGCCUGAGUGUGCUGCAGCAGGAGCUGAACGCCUUCACGCGGAAGGCAGACGCAGUCCUUGGGGGCUCUGUCAAGGAGCAGCAGGAGUCUUUCUCAUCACUGCCCUCCUUGGGCUCCCAGGGGCUCUCCAAGGAGAUUCUUCUGGCAAAAGACCUUGGCCCAGACUUUCAGAUGCAGCCGCCUGACUUCAGGGACCUGCCGGAAUGGGAGCCCAGGAUCCGAGAGGCCUUCCGCACUGGUGACUUGGACUCCAAGCCGGACCCCAGUCGGAGCUUCAGGCCUUACCGAGCUGAAGACAAUGAUUCCUAUGCCUCUGAGAUCAAGGAGCUGCAGCUGGUGCUGGCUGAGGCCCACGACAGCCUCCGGGGUUUGCAAGAGCAGCUCUCCCAGGAGCGGCAGCUACGAAAGGAGGAGGCUGACAGUUUCAACCAGAAAAUGAUCCAGCUGAAGGAGGACCAGCAGAGGGCGCUCCUGAGGCGGGAGUUUGAGCUGCAGAGUCUGAGCCUCCAGAGGAGGCUGGAGCAGAAAUUCUGGAGCCAGGAGAAGAACAUGCUGGUUCAAGAGUCCCAGCAGUUCAAGCACAACUUCCUGCUGCUCUUCAUGAAGCUCAGGUGGUUCCUCAAGCGCUGGCGGCAGGGCAAGGUUUUGCCCAGUGAGGGGGAUGACUUCCUCGAGGUGAACAGCAUGAAGGAGCUGUACCUGCUGAUGGAGGAAGAAGAGAUAAACGCUCAGCAUUCUGAUAACAAGGCCUGCACGGGGGAUAGCUGGACCCAGAACACGCCCAAUGAGUACAUCAAGACACUGGCCGACAUGAAGGUGACGCUGAAGGAGCUGUGCUGGCUGCUCCGGGAUGAACGCCGUGGUCUGACGGAGCUUCAGCAACAGUUUGCCAAGGCCAAGGCUACCUGGGAGACAGAGCGGGCAGAGCUCAAGGGCCAUACCACCCAGAUGGAGCUGAAGGCAGGGAAGGGGGCCGGGGAGCGGGCAGGGCCCGACUGGAAGGCCGCCCUACAGAGGGAGCGUGAGGAGCAGCAGCACCUCCUGGCUGAGUCCUACAGCGCUGUCAUGGAACUAACAAGGCAGCUGCAGAUCAGUGAGCGGAACUGGAGCCAGGAGAAGCUGCAGCUGGUGGAGCGGCUGCAGGGUGAGAAGCAGCAGGUGGAGCAGCAGUUGAAGGAGCUACAGAACCGCCUAAGCCAGCUGCAGAAGGCUGCUGACCCCUGGGUCCUGAAGCACUCAGAGCUGGAGAAGCAGGACAACAGCUGGAAGGAGACACGCAGUGAGAAGAUCCACGACAAGGAGGCUGUUUCCGACGUUGAGCUUGGAGGAAACGGUUUGAAGAGGACCAAAUCUGUUUCUUCCAUGUCUGAGUUUGAAAGUUUGCUGGACUGUUCCCCCUACCUUGCUGGUGGAGAUGCCCGGGGCAAGAAGCUGCCUAACAACCCUGCCUUUGGCUUUGUGAGUUCUGAGCCAGGGGAUCCAGAGAAAGACACCAAGGAGAAGCCUGGGCUCUCCUCGAGGGACUGCAACCACAUGGGUGCCCUGGCCUGUCAGGACCCCCCAGGGAGGCAGAUGCAGCGCAGCUAUACGGCUCCUGACAAGACGGGCAUCCGAGUCUACUAUAGCCCCCCAGUGGCCCGGCGCCUGGGAGUCCCUGUGGUUCAUGACAAAGAGGGCAAGAUCAUUAUCGAGCCCGGCUUCCUCUUCACCACAGCCAAGCCCAAAGAGUCAGCCGAGGCUGAUGGACUGGCUGAGAGCUCCUAUGGUCGGUGGCUCUGCAACUUCUCACGGCAGCGCCUGGACGGAGGCUCAGGGGGCAGCCCCUCUGCAGCUGGGGCUGGCUUCCCAGAGGCCCUGCAUGACUUUGAGAUGUCAGGCAAUAUGAGCGACGACAUGAAGGAGAUCACCAACUGCGUGCGCCAGGCCAUGCGCUCGGGCUCACUGGAGAGGAAAGUGAAGAGCACGUCCAGCCAGACAGUGGGCCUGGCCAGCGUGGGCACACAGACGAUCCGCACGGUUAGCGUUGGCCUGCAGACUGACCCACCCCGCAGCAGCCUCCACGGCAAGGCCUGGUCACCCCGCAGCUCUUCGCUAGUGUCUGUGCGCAGCAAGCAGAUCUCCUCCUCCCUGGACAAGGUCCAUUCGCGCAUCGAGCGGCCCUGCUGCUCCCCCAAGUAUGGCUCACCAAAGCUCCAGAGGCGGUCCGUGUCCAAGCUGGACAGCAGCAAGGACCGCAGCCUGUGGAACCUGCACCAGGGCAAGCAGAACGGCUCGGCCUGGGCCCGCUCCACCACUACGCGGGACAGCCCUGUACUGAGAAACAUCAACGAUGGACUCUCCAGCCUCUUCAGUGUGGUGGAGCACUCAGGGAGCACAGAGUCUGUCUGGAAACUGGGCAUGUCUGAGACGCGGGCCAAGCCCGAGCCUCCCAAGUAUGGCAUCGUGCAGGAGUUCUUCCGGAAUGUGUGCGGCCGGGCGCCAAGCCCCACCUCGGCAGCAGGAGAAGAGGGCACCAAGAAGCCAGAGCCCCUCUCCCCGGCCAGCUACCAUCAGCCAGAGGGGGUGGCCAGGAUCCUGAACAAGAAGGCAGCCAAGUCGGGCAGCAGUGAGGAGGCCAGAACCACCAUGCUCUCCCAGGUUGGGAAGGAUGGUGUCCUGCGGGACGGAGAUGGAGCCAUGGUCCUUCCCAAUGAGGACGCUGUUUGUGACUGUAGCACCCAGUCUCUCACCUCCUGCUUCGCCCGGUCGUCCCGCUCUGCCAUCCGCCACUCUCCAUCCAAGUGCAAGCUGCACCCUUCAGAGUCCAGCUGGGGUGGGGAGGAGAGGGCGCCCCCCCCCAGCGAGUGACAGAGCAGCCAAGCUCCCCGCCUCAACCAGCCCAGCCCCUGGAUAGCAGAAAGGAACCAGCGAAGACAAGACAAGAUGAGGUGAGGCGAGGGGCUGUGUCCUCAGCAUUGCCUGGCCCUGGAGGGACAGCAACAAUGCCACUGCCAGAAUGCAGCUCUCACAUCAAGGUAAAGCCGGGUCUCUUGCUGGCCCCUGGGUGGUGAGCUCCAACUUCCCAGGGGAAGGCAGUGAGUGGGAGAGAGACCAAAACUGGGCAUCCACUGAGAGAUCCCUCAAGAGCCAAUCCCUGGGUCCUAAGAGAGAGCCUUGCCUAGUUCUGCUCAUGUCCCCCUCUUGGAAGAGCCCAGGAAGGAUACAUGUCUGGCCAUGCCUUUGGGGAAAAGGACUCAGAGAGCUGUUUCCUGCUGACCAUCCACCCCUUCAUUCAGGAGGAGACAGUGCUGAGAAGAACAGGCUUUGCUCUAGGGCUCUGUCUUGGGUUCCUGGUGGAGCCCAGCUGGGCAUCAUCACCAUCACCUUCUUCUCUCCACUACCACCUCCUCCUCCCAGCCCCACUGCUCUAGAUUGCUGGGACACUAGGGGGUAUGAUAGGGCAGUAGCCAGGGCCAAGUAUCUACUUGGAAUUCUGGAGCCCUGGAUCUCCCUGCCCAUAGCCUGGGUGCAGCAAAAGCUGGGAGGCAAAGUGGAAAUGUACUGGGUGCAGGGUUGGGGAGUGAUUGCAGUUGCCUUCCUUGCCAAAGUGACUUGGGGCCCCAACCUUCCCUGCAGACCCCUUGAGGACAGAAACAUGUAGAGUCAGUCUCCAGACCUGGUGCAUAGAUAAAUGCCUAAAUACACUGCCUUGAUCUCGGUCUCAGAGGCCUCUUUCCCUGGCACCCUGAGAGGGGCGGGUACUACAUCUCCACUGUGUUUACAUCCUGUAGCUGGUGGGGGAGGCAAAGAUAUUCCCAGUAAGAGAUUCACAGUUGGCCAGGUCAGGCCCAGGAGAAUACCAAGAGGCCAGAGCCCAGGACACAGCAUUAGACUGGGGCCUGGGAACACAUAUCUUGCCUAGACUGUUUAUUUGAAUUUUUCAUACUAUAAAUAUUUAAGGUGAUUUAAUUUAUUUUAAUAACUUAAUUUACCCCACAGUCCCUAAGGUAAUUUAUUGGAGGUUGGAACAUGCAUUCUUGCCACUGGGACAACAUGAGGCGUCUAACAGCACAGACAGGCACGGGGUCCCCCGGGUAGAUGAGGCAGCUGGGCAGCCAGGUUUGGUGACCUGGUCUCCUGGUCAGAUUUGGAGGGCCCCUCAACAGAGCUGGAGCCCUGUACCCCAACACUGCUGGCCAUAUGGCCUCAGAACACUACUUAUUACUCAGUGCCUGGUACUUGGCCAGCCCCAGCGGUCAGUCUGUAAAUACUCACUGACAAGGUGGAGGGCUGGACGGCCAUCACCAUGCCCCGGACAUUCUCCAUUGCUGUCUCAUUUCCCUCCCUCCCUCUGGCACCUUUCUUCAUAAGUCAAAUGUGGAUUACUAAGGCUCUCUUAAGAGCAUGGAGAUCCCUUCAAGUUUCCCAAAUGAGAACUUGCAGGAAAACAGGACUGAACUUCGAGAAUGUUGUUUAUUGCAGCUUUGCACAUAAACCUGAGAGCAUCUCCCAGCCUGCCUCGGUUCUCACCAGCCUGCCAGCCUUCUCACCAGCCUCUCUCCUUAGCCUUAUGGCCUUUCACGGCUCUUCUCCUUGCCCCAGCUCUGCUGCCCGCCCUUCCUCAUAUCCCCCGUUCGACGUGGCUUGUUGCAGCAUGUGUGGGGGUGCCUCCCAUGGCCUCCCCUUGGUACCAGUGAACUCAUUUGGUUGCACACAUGCUCCCCAUAUACACAUAGACAUGCAGCUUCCUGUAACUGGCUGGGGACCCAGAGUGGAAACACCAGGGUGGAUCAGGUUGUCUGCAGAAUUGCUCAUAAGGAAGACCAAAACCCAGUAGCUUUGCUGAUUUGCCCCCAGGACUCUGGAGGCACUCCUGCACUUCCACCUCCCACCUGCUAGUUCCCAGACCCACCCAUUCGGGAUGACCUAGACCAGUUACCCAAAGCCCUGCAUCUCCCUUCCCUGCAGGCUGAACACCAGGGUCAUGUCAGUCCUACCAGCCGCUUCCUCCAUGCCCCAGUGACAUGUGUAGGCAGAGCAAGCAGCCAGUGGAGCUGUGGGUCAGUUUCCCUCUGGGAUGCUGCUGCUGUCACCCAUGAGGUCAGGGAGCCUUCCAAGGUUAUCUCCAAGUGAGGGGAUUCACACCAGGCCACAAGUCACCAGAGGCCUUCUGCCACCUCCCAGAGCAACAGAGAGCCAGGGAGCCUGCGUACCCAGCCUUGGGGAAAAAUCCCCGUGGUACCUAAGCCCCAAGACCUACGGACUACUCAGCCUUACCAUCGUACUAUUCAAGAUUGUCCUUGCCAUCUUCGUUGUCUCAGCCAGACCUCGGUUUUCAGUGAAGCCCCAGUUUCUACUUCCUGCAUGCCACUGUGCAAGGCCACUUAUCACUGUUUCUGCAGAAGCCUCUGGAUGUGGGGCUUGAUGGGGUUGAACAUGUUACAUGUAAAUAUUGGUUUGGUUUGGUUUUUAGCAUUUUACUUGGUAACUGGUUGUGUUUUCUUUUUUGGGGUGGGGGGAUUGGUUUGUAAAAACUCUCUACUCUUUUAGAAUGU